AUGCGCCCGCUAUGUAUGGCCUGGGGACAAUUUGGUGUCAUUUUGCCUGCUUCAUGCGCGGGGCCCAGGAGAGUCGGUGCAUUUGGUGUCGACCUUGUGCAGAGCAUCUGGAAACGACACGUAGGGGGCGCUCAAUCGAUCCAUACGCUUACUGCACCAACGGGCUGUAGAGCAGAGAAUCAGAGCCUCUUUGAUUUAUCGCUGCAGCUUUCACAACGGCCUAUGGACGGAAAUGCAAUGAUGCAAUACACAGAGUAUCACCGUGACGACGCGAUGUCCCGAGCAGGGCAUGCGACCAAACUCGGCGUAGCAGAGAAAUAUGGCCUGAGUUCACGGGAUCUGCGUGUCUUUGACCAGCAGUCAGGAUCGCCGCAUAUUUUGGUUCGAGACCAUACGCUUCUGCUUCACUUUUUUGACCUGCGGGUGUUGGUGCAGCAUGACCACGCCCGACUCUUUCAUGAAGCGAGCGCGUCAGAUGACGAUGUGCAGAACGCUGAUAGGCAUUAUGUGUCUCGCAUAUUCAGCCAUAAUAUGGAGGACAAUAUACGGGGUCAAGAACUGGGCAAGUCAGAUAGCCAGCCUUAUGAAUUAUACGUGUUGGAGACGGCAUUGUCGUCGGUGACAUCAGUACUCGAGGCCGAGUAUAUGUUGCUUGAGAAGCAAGUCACCAAGGUACUACGUCUGGCUAAUUCGAGCACGCUGGAUGGGGAAGAAAGUCUCAUCCAUUCUCACCUACGCACAAUCCUCGAACUGAAGCGAAAGCUCAUCAGUGUCGAACAGCGGGCACUCCAGGUGCAAACUGUCGCUCAGGAGGUUCUGGACGAAGACGAAGACAUGGCCAACAUGUAUCUGACUGACAAGCGGGCUGGAAAGCCACAUGGGUUGGAAGAGCAUCAGAGUGUCGAGUAUCUUUUUGAAGCCUACUUCAAGGCCAGUGGUGCCAUUGGCCAGGAGACGGCAAGCCUGAUGAGCCAUAUCCGACGGACCGAAGAGACAAUCCAAUACACGUUGAGCGUGCGGCGGAAUCAAAUCAUGGUGUUGGAAGCGAGAAUCGAGAUCUUGAUGCUGGCGUUGGCGGGUGCCACUUUGGUUGCAGGCUGGUACGGUAUGAACUUGGUCAACCAUUCUGAGGAGAGUCCACACGCCUUUACCGUUGUUGUUCUCAUCUCCUGUGCCGCCGUACUUGCAUCGUCGCUGUACGGUAUGCAGAGAUUGCGGCGGAUUCGCAGGGCACGAUUACAAAUCUGA